AGCAUGGGGGUGAAAACCUUCACCCACAGCUCGACUUCACACAGCCAGGAGAUGCUGGAGAAGCUCAACGCUCUACGCAAUGAGGGCCACUUAUGUGAUGUCACCAUCCGAGUCCAGGACAAGCUAUUUCUGGCCCACAAAGUGGUCCUAGCAUGCUGCAGUGAAUUCUUCCGCUCCAAGCUGGUGGGCCGGCCGGAGGAGGAGGACAAAUUUGUGUUGGACCUUCAUCAUGUGACCGUUAGUGGCUUCGCUCCACUGUUGGAAUAUGCCUACACAUCCACUCUCUCCAUCAGUACGGAGAACAUCAUCGACGUUCUGGCAGCUGCAAGUUACAUGCAGAUGUUUGCUGUGGCGAGCACAUGUUCAGAGUUCAUGAAGUCCAGCAUUCUGUGGAGCCCGGGUAACAACAACAAUAACAACAACUUGACGGCAGAUAAACCACAUGAAUCAGCACCAGAGAGUGCCUCCUCAAACUGUGCUUUGACGCCUUUGGACGGCAGCGUGUCGCCAGUUUCUUCUGACUGCAGCAUCAUGGAGAGAAACGUCCCUAUAUGCCGCGAAUCACGGCGGAAACGCAAAACCUUUGUUACAAUGGCAUCGCCUGAGAGUCCGCUCAAAUGCACUACACAGAUGGUCACCACCUCUCCUCAGAUCCCCAACCCCUCCCCCUCAUUCUCAGACAGCACAGCCCAGCCGGUGGAGUCCUCUCUGGCAUUCCCGUGGACUUUUCCUUUUGGUAUUGAUCGAAGGUUCCACUCAGACAAAUCAAAACUCCCAGAGAGUCCUCGAUGUUUGGAGCAGGGCCCCCCAGGGACCUCAGAUGUUGUAGUUGGACGGAGGCUUAGUGACUUUCUAACCUGUGAAAGCUCCAAGGCGGUGUCGUCGCCAGUGCCGGCAGAGGAGGAAGACGUGAGGGUGAAGGUUGAGCGUCUCAGUGAUGAGGAAGUCCAGGAGGCUUCCUCACAGCCAAUCAGUGCCUCCCAGAGCUCACUGAGUGACCAGCAGACAGUGCCAGGAAGUGAACAGGUCCAGGAGGAGCUUCUCAUCAGUCCUCAGUCCUCCUCUAUAGGGUCGAUGGAUGAGGGCGUGUCUGAGGGCUUGCCGUCAAUGCAGAGCUCCUCUACCACUGGAGGACAUGCAGAAGAUGAUGAAAGGUUAGAAGGUAUUCAGUAUCCAUACCAUCUCUACAUCAGCCCUUCAGCCAGGCCCGGCACCAACGGCCCCGACAGACCGUUCCAAUGUCCCACCUGUGGAGUCAGAUUCACGCGUAUUCAAAACCUGAAACAGCAUAUGCUCAUACACUCCGGCAUUAAGCCUUUCCAGUGUGACCGCUGUGGGAAAAAAUUCACACGGGCCUACUCCCUAAAGAUGCAUCGGCUGAAGCACGAAGGUAAACGCUGUUUCCGGUGCCAGAUUUGUAGCGCCACAUUCACGUCCUUCGGUGAAUAUAAGCACCACAUGAGGGUCUCCCGACACAUAAUCCGCAAGCCGCGGAUUUACGAGUGCAAAACGUGCGGCGCCAUGUUCACCAACUCUGGCAAUUUAAUUGUACACCUGAGGAGUCUGAACCAUGAGGCAUCCGAACUAGCAAACUACUUCCAGAGCAGUGAUUUCCUCGUGCCCGACUACCUGAGCCAGGUUCAGGAGGAGGAGGAGGCGCUGGGAGUCCAGUAUGAGCUAGAGGAAUCCCAACAUCACCCUGUCUACCCAGGCAGCACCUCCACCUCUACCACCGCUGCAGCCACAUCUUCCUCCUCAGUCCAGAUGCCUGUCAUCUCCCAGGUCUCCUCCUCUACCCAGAAUUGUGAGAAUUCUUCCGGUUUCCUCUCACCUGAGCCCCUGGAUCCCCUGGAAGCCCCGUCCUCCCUCAAGAUGGACACCGAUGAGGCGGCAGCCAUGACAGAGGAGACCAAGAUGGACAACAGUGAAGGAGGACGUUCCCCGGAGGUGUUUGAUGAAGAGCAGCAGCAGCAGCAUGCACAGGCUAAGGAGCUGGCUAGCAUUACCAUAGAGUGAUUCAAGCCUUCUACUUCGCCCGUCAUGUCUUAUUUUGCAGUCUUGUCAUAUGGGAAUAUGUGUUGAACGGUGGAUAAAAACGGACAGCUGGGACAUGUGAGGAAAGUACCUCCCCAUGUGAAGCCUCAAUUGAAGUUUUCUGAAGACUUCAGUUGCCUUGAUGAUUUUUUUCCACAAGGAAAUCAGAUGCAAUUUUUUGUUUCAACUAAACCAAAUCCAGCAACAAAGGUAGUAUUUCCCCUCAAUUCUGGUAACAGUUUUUCCAGCUUUGAGGAACAUCAUAUUUAAAUAUGUCAAACAUAUCUGGGUCCAGUAUUUCUCAAGAGUAUUUUGGGGUACAGUUUAGGAAGGUUGUUUUUUUUUUCCCAUAUGACGUGAAUGCAGCACUAGCUGAAGUCUCUUCUGUCUUAGCUAACUCGAGGUCUGUUAAGAACAAACCUCGCCCUACUUUUGGAAAGUGCCUGAGAGUUCCCUUUUUAACAAAGCAGUGCGGAGAGGAAGAAGAGGUCGUGAUUUUGCCAACGGUGACAAAUCGAGUCUUUGCAAACUGAGUCAAAGAAAAAAAAAACUUGUAUUUCAUUUGUAGUGAUCAUGCUAGUUUGUAUGGGCAGAGACUGUGUUAUUCCUUCAGUGCCGUCGCUAUAGGCAAACUGUUAAAUGUCAAUAUUAUCUAUAUUGCAAUAGCUUGUACUGUUUUACUAUUUGAAUGCUGUGUAUGUUGAGUGUUGUGAAAUAUGAUAUGUCAGGUGUGUGUGUGUGCAUUUCUUUUUGAAUCUAUAUGAACAGAUUACAUUUCAUUUUAUAACUGUUUAAAACUUGAAAUUAUAUUGACAGAGUAUUCCCUCAAGACAUUUGUGCAGUAUAUAAUUUUUGGGGACAUAUUUCAAGUUAUUUUUCAACUUUUUAAUGAAACGCUGUCGUUAAAUCAAACCUUGGAUCUCAAAAAAUUGAACUCUAGGAGUUUAGAAAAACUUCAGUUAACACUGAUGCAGCUUUUUGUUGCUCAAUGCUUUCAAAUGAACGACAACAUGGGACUGAAAUUCAUGUCAAACAUGACGUUUAAAAAUUUGAGUUGCAAGGUUUUCUUCCAGCUGCAGUGCUAUAUUUCCAAAGGUAUAAUAAUGUAGCAUUUCAUCCCAGAUUAAUUCAGUCAAAGGUUUGUUUCCGUUUAAAAUGGCUUCAAAUAUUGAUCAUCUUGAUUAACCAACCGUUACACAUGCUCCAUGAUAUUGCAUGACUGUCGGAGUGAUGUCUCACCUGUUUGUCUUUUUAAAGUUUAGUCCUGGUGUGACUUCUUGGCCAAUGAGAUCAUGAACCUGUUAGGAAUAGGUUUACUGGAGGGAGUCAUAAAUCAGCGGACUAAUAGGUCGACUUGCAUACAAUCAGACUUUAUUUGACAUCGAAGACAAGGAGCUUCACACAUUCUGAUAUAAAGUCAGUGGUUAUAAUCCAAGAGUGUCAAGUAAUCUGCAAAGUGUGAAUUAACAAAUAGUGUUUAUUAUUUUUUAACCUUAGUUUUCACAAAGGGGAGACCUUUAUUGUGAAAAGAAAGUCCCAGACUAGAAUAGAAGAAAUGCCUGUAUGUCUGAAAAACAGGAAGUGAUGCAAACAGAUGAUGAUGGUAGUCAGAACAGAUUACGAGGCCGUCAGGUGUUUGGUGAUAACAUUGCUUUAGAAGCAAUAGGUGACUGCUAAUGUGUGAAUGCAAAUACUGUGAGCUGAAUCAUUCUAAAUGAUAGAUAUAUUGUGGUUUGCUAAGAGCUUAUACUUCACCUUAAACUGCAGUUAAACAGUUGACUUUAUUCAUUAGAUUUUCUUUAUGUUGCUUUUGGGUCAAAUCCCCCAGCGCCUGUUACCUGUGUUGUGCCAACAUGUUUGUAUUUUUGUACUUGGACAUUGUUGUGCCUGUAUUUCUGAGAAGAUAAUGACACCCAUGGUGAUAAUCCAUGGGUUGAAUGCUACUGACUGUGACUGGGUAUCUUGUGCAGUGAAAUCUUUUACUUUCUCUCGUCCCCCUGAAAGUAGUACAAACAGACGUAGUUAAAGAUAAUCACAGCAGGAUGUUACACCUCAUAUACAGGGUUGAUUGUAAAUGUAAAGAUGAAUAAUUGCUGUGAGGAGGGCGUCGGUGUGACCAUGUUCCUCAUCAUUGAAUUCACUGAGAGCUGUCUUAAUUAGAGCCUGACCGAUAUGUAUGUCAACUGAUGUUCCCAGCAUCUACGUUACUGGUUUGUGCAAUUUGGCAACUUUUUUUUCUUACAGAACAUAACAUGCAGGAACUAAUGCGUGGGGUGGUACAACAAUUCUCAUGGCACUGUCUGUAGCACAUGUAGCACAGAAUCACAGCACAGCAGACAGUGGUGCAUGCUGUUAUUGGUUAAACCAUAUUUUUAAGAAGAACAGUCUUCUGAGAAUCUUUUUGCAAAGUUGAAAAAUUGGCCACAGAUGCGCAAUCGAUGCAGGACGGGUCUUCUUUCAUUCUAGCUCCAAAAUUAACUAAUCAUAUUUGUUAUAUGGUCAUUUCUUCAUCCUCUAAAAUCGAUAUAAAAAAAACAUAUCGGUUGGGCUCUGGUCUUAAUAGGAGUUUGAAUCAGCCUGCAGCGUCCUGUCAGUCACUUUUCCAAAAUUGUGCCAUCUAGCCCUUUUUAUCUGGGGUACUAAUCAUGCUUUUUUCCUAAAGGACCAAAUGUUCUCGAUCUGAUUGGGGAUUUGCCAUGGCAAUCAGCAAUUGCACAUAAUAAAAGAAAGAGAUAAUCAUUGUAAGUGGUCCAUGCUAUUAAGCAAAGGGGUCCUGCUGUUAUUCGCCCCUUAAAACACUGUAUGACGUUGUGCAUUUAAGAGGCUAGCCUUAGUAUGUGGACCUAUUAACUCUAGUUGCACAUUUUCAGAAAGUUUCAAAAACAUUUUUUCUAUUCUACAUUUGUAUUUCAUGCUUUUCAUCUGUUGUGUUCAGAGUCUGUAUAAAAAAAAAGUUUUUAUAAUGAAAUGCUGCUGUUUGUUGAAACGCAAAAGUGCCCAAAAUAUUUUUGUGAAGCGAUGGUGUGCAAUAAAUGGACAGGUUGUUGUUUUCAAAGGUUUUAUUUUUGUCUUUUGGAACAGUGAACUAUACUAAAAAAGAAUGUAGAGCGUUUGUUUUCUUCAAAUGUGACUGAAGGUGAAUCAAAUAGGCAAGGACCCCAUUUGAUCUGUGAAUCAAGGAACAAAAAAAAAGCUUUGUUAUGACGGUUCUAUUCAGCUCUUUUCUGUUUGUUUGGAGAGUUGCAUGUUCAUAUCGUUCUGUGAAGUGAAGUGGAGAGCAUGUCUUUAGUUGGCGAUGCGUUCUGUCACGGCCUUAUUUGUCGAGGACUCUUCAUCCAGCGUAGCUUUGAUCUGUUGUUUAGCAUGCCUUCUUCUUUUCUGUACGUUAUCCCUUUUUAUGUGCAAUGUUUUCAGAUAUUUUGAUUAUAUACAGGACAUGCCUUUUCAAUGUACACUCGAUGUUGUAUAUGUUUUCCAGUCCUUAUUUAAUAUUAGGAAAAUAUAAGGAAAAAAACAUGGUAGCUCUUCAUAAUUGCAUAUAUAUAUUUUUGGUGACUUUUGUAUUAUGGUUGCUGUUUCAUGGCAUCUUUGGAUAUUCUUGUUAAAUGUGAAUAGAACAGCUUAGUUUGGGAGUAUGGGAGGCCUUGGUAGUCUUCACUUUGUGACUGUCUGCAGUACGUGUAUAUAUAUAAAUAUACAGUAUAUACACUCAUACUAUGUUGCAUAUUCUUUAUACUGUAGACUACUUGAUGACAACCUGCUUUGAGACAGAUGUUGUAUUUUGUGUCUUUGAUACUGUAUUUGAACUGUCGUUUGGAGAACCUGUACAAAAACAUCCCAGAUAAUAGUCAUGCAACCUGCACAUUAAAUAGGGAGAACAGACGUUUGUGGUGUUGAGUGUUUUAACUGGAUAAUGUUCCACAGUUGGCUGUUAAAAACUGACAAAGACCACUCUGUAUUUUAGAGUUUAUGGUUGUUCCCAAUCUUUGCUAGUGUUCUGGCUUUGCAGUCCGGUUGUUGUUAAAGAGUUGUUUUUGUAAAAGUAUAAAGUGUAAAUAAAAAACCUAAGUCGAAAUAA